CUGUCCUCACUGUGCAGUCCCCGACUGAUCCCAGAGAGAGCAGAGGGUGCUUUUGAUUGUUGUCUCAGAGCAGGAUGAGUGUUGUGAAGAGAGCCGUGCUGCUGACGCUGCUGCUAGCGGCGAUCGGCAGCUUCGCCGCGGCGGGCCCCGAAGACUGCCACGGUCUGAACGUAACGCUGCAAACAAAAGACAUACACAAGAUUUUCGGAGACUGGGUCCUGGUGUGGUCCAUCACUGACCACGACAAAGGCAACGCACUGCUUCCAAAAGUCACCAGCUCCCACGUCGAGUUCAGACUCCGCGAUGACAAGACGACGGUCGUGUUCACAGAGAGGAACAUGUACACACACCAGUCGUGUCUCACCUACGUCAUCAACAUGACGAUGCCCACUGACCCGCUGGACAGCACCAUGACCACCUUUCCUGGUUCCAUGGAGAAGGACGGACUUCUUGAGGUGUACAACGAGACAGCGACUGUGACUUUCUUUGAGACCUGCCCCGACUGUCUGUCGAUGGUCUUCAAGGACAGCGAGGGACGAUUCCUGCUCAACUACAGGAGGGAGGGGGAUCACCGUGAUGUUGAGAAGUUGAAAGCAGACCACAGCGAUCACCACAAACUGGCCGCCUGUCUGGGAUUCCCCGCCAACGCCAACCCAUUCAACUACGACGGAGCUGCAGAUUUCUGUCAUAAGAAAUCAUCCCCGGCGGGCCCCGAAGACUGCCACGGUCUGAACGUAACGCUGCAAACAAAAGACAUACACAAGAUUUUCGCAGACUGGGUCCUGGUCUGGUCGGUCACUGACCACGACAAAGGCAACGCGCUGCUUCCAAAAGUCACCAGCUCCCACGUCGAGUUCAGACUCCGCGAUGACAAGACGACGGUCGUGUUCACAGAGAGGAACAUGUACACACACCAGGCAUGUGUCACCUACGUCAUCAACAUGACGAUGCCCACUGACCCGCUGGACAGCACCAUGACCACCUUUCCUGGUUCCAUGGAGAAGGACGGACUUCUUGAGGUGUACAACGAGACAGCGACUGUGAAUUUCUUCGAGACCUGCCCCGACUGUCUGUCAAUGGUCUUCAAGGACAGCGAGGGACGAUUCCUGCUCAACUACAGGAGGGAGGGGGAUCACCGUGAUGUUGAGAAGUUGAAAGCAGACCACAGCGAUCACCACAAACUGGCCGCCUGUCUGGGAUUCCCCACCAACGCCAAUCCGUUCAACUACGACGGAGCUGCAGAUUUCUGUCAUAAGAAAUUAUCCCCGGCGGGCCCCGAAGACUGCCACGGUCUGAACGUAACGCUGCAAACAAAAGACAUGCACAAGAUUUUCGCGGACUGGGUCCUGGUCUGGUCUGUCACUGACCACGACAAAGGCAACGCGCUGCUUGCAAAAGUCACCAGCUCCCACGUCGAGUUCAGACUCCGCGAUGACAAGACGACGGUCGUGUUCACAGAGAGGAACAUGUACACACACCAGGCAUGUGUCACCUACGUCAUCAACAUGACGAUGCCCACUGACCCGCUGGACAGCACCAUGACCACCUUUCCUGGUUCCAUGGAGAAGGACGGACUUCUUGAGGUGUACAACGAGACAGGGACUGUGACUUUCUUCGAGACCUGCCCCGACUGUCUGUCAAUGGUCUUCAAGGACAGCGAGGGACGAUUCCUGCUCAACUACAGGAGGGAGGGGGAUCACCGUGAUGUUGAGAAGUUGAAAGCAGACCACAGCGAUCACCACAAACUGGCCGCCUGUCUGGGAUUCCCCACCAACGCCAAUCCGUUCAACUACGACGGAGCUGCAGAUUUCUGUCAUAAGAAAUUAUCCCCGGCGGGCCCCGAAGACUGCCACGGUCUGAACGUAACGCUGCAAACAAAAGACAUGCACAAGAUUUUCGCGGACUGGGUCCUGGUCUGGUCUGUCACUGACCACGACAAAGGCAACGCGCUGCUUGCAAAAGUCACCAGCUCCCACGUCGAGUUCAGACUCCGCGAUGACAAGACGACGGUCGUGUUCACAGAGAGGAACAUGUACACACAUCAGUCGUGUGUCACCUACUUCAUCAACAUGACGAUGCCGACUGACCCGCUGGACAGCACCAUGAUCAGCUUUCCUGGUGCCACGGAGAAGGACGGACUUCUUGAGGUGUACAACGAGAGCGCGGCUGUGAAUUUCUUCGAGACCUGCCCCGACUGUCUGUCGAUGGUCUUCAAGGACAGCGAGGGACGAUUCCUGCUCAACUACAGGAGGGAGGGGGAUCACCGUGAUGUUGAGAAGUUGAAAGCAGACCACAGCGAUCACCACAAACUGGCCGCCUGUCUGGGAUUCCCCACCAACGUCAACCCGUUCAACUACGACGGAGCUGCAGAUUUCUGUCAUAAGAAAUCAUCCCCGGCGGGCCCCGAAGACUGCCACGGUCUGAACGUAACGCUGCAAACAAAAGACAUGCACAAGAUUUUCGGGGACUGGGUCCUGGUCUGGUCCACCACUGACCACGAUGGAUACCAAGCGCUGAUUCCAAAAGUCACCAGCUCCCACGUCGAGUUCAGACUCCGCGAUGAUAAAAAGACGGUCACGUUCACAGAGAGGAACAUGUACACACACCAGUCGUGUGUCACCUACGUCAUCAACAUGACGAUGCCCAUUGACCCGCUGGACAGCACCAUGACCACCUUUCCUGGUUCCAUGGAGAAGGACGGACUUCUUGAGGUGUACAACGAGACAGCGACUGUGAAUUUCUUCGAGACCUGCCCCGACUGUCUGUCGAUGAUCUUCAAGGACAGCGAGGGACGAUUCCUGCUCAACUACAGGAGGGAGGGGGAUCACCGUGAUGUUGAGAAGUUGAAAGCAGACCACAGCGAUCACCACAAACUGGCCGCCUGUCUGGGAUUGCCCGCCAACGCCAACCCGUUCAACUACGACGGAGCUGCAGAUUUCUGUCAUAAGAAAUCAUCCCCAGAGGUGGAGCCAGAAGCGUCCUGAGUGAAGACGUUGGAGCAAAACAAACAUAUUUCAGAUAUGUCCUCCACCAAUACAAUAAAAGAUAAUACUACAACCUG